CCAGAUAUCAACCAGUAUAGACGUGCUUUUAAGGUCAUAUCAACAUAUACAAAUAUGGAUUUAGUAGUCCAACCGUAUGAACGUUGCUACGGAAUGUUUCAUCAGUCAGCUGAGUCCAGCAUCAAAACAAGCGAAGUUUAUUGGCAACACAGAGCUAAUCGUGAAUUUGUACCAGCAGAGAAAAAAGAUGACAAAUACUGGUUCAAAAGGGUCAGAAAUAAUGCAUCCGCCAGAAAGUCAAGAAUGAAAAGGAAAGCUAUGGACAAUGUGAUAGAGAGAAAACUACUAGCACUUCAGAAUGAAAACAUACAGCUCCGAAAUGAAUUGGCGACCAUCAAUAUCAUGUACCGUGGUUCAAUUGCUAAACAGAGCAUAAGACACCAAACCCAUCAAGAGGCUGUCAAUACGGAUGGUGAUGACAAUGAUGACGCCUCAGAUAAUGAAAUAAAAUAUGAACAGAAAAAUAUUGAUCAUGAAGAAGAAAACAGUAAUUUCUCUGGAAAAUCUGAAAUGAAUGAUGGCAGAAAUGACACUGUUUCCUCUGAUGAUAAUUUAAGUCCGUCCUUCCCAAGUUUUCACGGAAUAUUUCCACCUACUAACGCUGCUAAUGAGUUGUCCGAAAGUUUUCGUUCGUCCUCCAGGUACCUGUCUUUGCCUCUAAGCUACCAAGCCAUGAUGACAUUUCAGUCAGCCUUUGCCCCUCAAAUCAUGAUGCAGCAAAUGAACAAUGCUACAGAAAAAACACAACCCGAAUAUUCAGAGAAAAAUGUCUAUGAACAUGAUCACAGUGUGCCACUCAAAAUAAGAAUGAAGGAAAGGCUUCAUUCAGCUUUUCAAAAUCAAAAACUUAUGUAAAUCGUCUACUAUCUUCUGUU